AUGGAGGGAACACUUCAAAUUCGAGACUUCUUCUAUGCUGGAUACAAAAAUUACUGCUUGAGGAGAUUCGAGACAGCAGGAGAGGAAGAACGAAAGGAAGCAGAAGAAUAUAUAUACCAAAUAUAUAUGAUGGAGAAUGAAAAGAAGGAUAUGAUUAUAAAUUUAAAAAAUUCGACAAAUGAGAACCUACAGUUAUUAUACAUGUAUUAUAAACAUUAUUAUUUAAAAGAGAAGAUGCAAGAUGAGAAUUCAUUAUUAAACGAAAUAAAGAAAUUAAAAAUAACUUCAGUAAAUGGAAAUAUACUAAAGAGCAGAUUCUUUUUUGAUUACGAAUUGUUACAAGAGUGUUUUGAGCUAAUGCAAGAUGGACCUAUUGAAGUGAUAUCAUCCAAAAUUCUUCUUCUUCUUCAUAUGAAUAGACAUGAUUUGGCUAGCCAGAUGAUAAAUGAGUAUAAAAAGAUGAAUGAUGAAAUACCCAUCAUAAAAAUUAUGUUAGCUAUAUUUUAUUUAUAUGAUGAUAAUAAUAAAGAGUCUUUUUUAAUUUUUGAUGAUUUAGAAUCCAUGUAUGAAUCUACAGUUAAUGACAUUUCAACUAUUAUUCUCAAUGGAAAAGGGGUGUCCAAUAUUUUGAAUUACGAAUUUAAUGAUGCAAAAGAACUCUUAAAAAAAGCCUUACACGAAGAUAUUUCAAAUGGUGACGUGCUACACAAUUUGAUUACUUGCUCUUUGUAUUUAUAUGAGUUGGAAGAUGCAAAUGAAUACUUGAAUAAGCUUUACGAUUCUUAUCCUUCUCAUGAAAGUUUAAGUCUUCUAAAACAAAUCGAUCAUGAGGUUGAUACUUUUGCUCCACAGUUUUAG